CUCCCAUUCAGUGGUACCAAACCAAUCAUCCAUAUUUAUACAUUGUAUAAAAGGGCACCGCUCAAAUGCCAUACAAUACUAGUUCAUUAGUAAUUAGUAGACCAAUAGCUCGUACUGUUAUCCUUUAACAACAUAUUAACAUGAUUACGCAUUAAUAUAUCGCAUCUGCGGACAGCAAUGCUCCAAUUUCCAACCUCAAAUCUUUUCCAAUGAGGACAAAAAAUUUUCUAAUAUUCCUCUGUAGCAUAGUUACCGUCAGCCUUUUGCUAAUAAUCUUCGGACAACAAAAACCUUCAAGUAUUCAAGAUAUUGUUACAAGCACGCAUCAGCAACUACGAAACUUCAAGGAUACGUUACGAGAUGCAGAAACAAAGACUUUAGUCGCAGAUGAAAAGUACCUUCAGAUGUUAGGCUUUGUCGACAAACCUAGAUUAUAUCCGACCGACGUCUGGCAUAACACCUCGUUACCUGUCAUUGUAACUUACGUACUAGAAGGUCAGGAAAGUCAAGCGAUUGGUUUUGCAAAUAACAUUGGAAAGGUCCUGCCGAAUAAUACCAUCCUUAUUUACAAUAUCGGCCUUGGAAGCUAUGGGUUGCGAAUGCUACAGAACUACUGUAAUAGCAGUCGGUGCCAAGUCAUUAGUUUUAAUUUAAACGAAUUUCCAUCACACGUUGAAGAUGAAGCUUUACGUGCGUACCGGCCGGUUGUGAUACAGGACGCUCUCCAGCACACCGGAUCAAUUUUCUUCUUGGAAUGUAACAUUCGUUUCAAAAGAUUUGUAAUACCUGAAGUAUUAUUGAAUUUAUAUAACUCGGUCGUUAAGGGUAGCGGAAUUUUGACGUGGGCGAUGCCCCUUAAGAAUGCUGUAUCUAGUCGUACUCACAAAAAGAUGUUCGAUUAUUUUCGUACCGAUGCGGAUAACUUUUUGUUCGUGCAAAUGGUAUCGGCGGAUAUUAUAAUACUCGUCAAUACUGAAAGCACACAUAAGGAUGUGAUGCUGCCAUGGGUACAAUGUGCGUUAACUCAAGACUGUAUUUAUCCAAUAGGAGCUCAAUCUGGAGGUUGUCGAUUUAAUAAAAAACCGCAAUAUCGUUAUUCUGGAUGCCAUAACUAUGACGCGUCCGCAUUGAACAUAGUUUUAGGACUGAAGUUUAAGUUAGAUAGUAGUAAAUAUACGUAUCAGCCUACUUCUGAAUUAUUCAAAAUAGUUCCACUCGACAGAGCCAUUAUAGAGUUGCAAGGUUUAGAACAAAAUGCUACCACUGAAGGGAAACAAUACGAAUCUUCUUUUUCCUAAGAUAGCACUUUAUUACUUGCCUGACCAAAAAAAUGUUGUGAUAUUACUUUAAGUAAGUUUAUACGAUAUUCCAGUUUUUGAUAACACAAUUCCUAUCAGGUGGGAUUUGGUUAAAUUAUUUUUUUAUAUUAAAGUAAAAUCUUCAAAUUCAAUUAUCCGCAAUAUGAAAAGAGAACUCGGCAGAGCUCAUACCAUUUAUGGCAAUAAUCUUCGAUUCCAUUCACAAUGGAAUUUUACUUGCAAAAACACUGCAUACCUAGUGGACUAAAUAAUCCGUAAUUGCUCAAGUUCUGUUUGAUCUGCACCUAUUCGUAUUAUUGUAAUUACGUGUACCUGAAAUCUAUAUUUAAUCAGAUUUUUAGUUUAAAACAGGGCAUAGCUAUAAACCUGAACAGUAGAGGCACAUAGAAGUCCUUCUAGAUUCUGUGGGCAAAGAUGUUUGAAAAUAAUAUGGUUGUGAAUUACAAAGUAAACCUAAAAGGGUAAAGCAUUUUCAUUUAGUGACUGAGCAUACUAUGCACGUCUAAAAAUGUUGACAAGUAGGUAGGUACACAAGCUCUUUCUAGCCGGUAACAUUUGAAUUGGUAGUAAUCUUCUCGCACAAGCUUGUGUCACAAAAAUGUUACCAUCUAAAAAGCACUUGAGGGACUUUAGACGAACACAGUAGGCAAGGCAUCAUGUACUUAAUUAUUUACAUAGCAUCACAGUAUGAUUUUCAUCUAUCUCUAAAAUGUCUUGAACUGAUUUCAUUGUCUACAGUUCGAUUGAAAUCAUUCUGUGUCUCUAAAUCACUGUACAGAGAAAAAUGAAUCUCAAAUAAUUUUGUGAUUUCCUAGAAUAGACUGCUUAAAUAGAUAGGUAUAUAAGAACUGCUCCGUAGGUGUUUAAGUUUGCUCACUUCCCUGUAAUAAUAAGUAUUGCUUACCUAUUGGUAUUAUUUCAAGACUCCGUUAGAUAGAUGCAUUACUAAUAUAAACUACCUGUAGGUGUACCAUUCCAGUGUGUAUAUAUUUAUAGGACUAUUAAAAGAUGUACAGUAGUC